AUGUUAGUGCUUUCGAUUGUGAUUAUCGUUAUAAAUAGGAGAAUGAUUUAACUAUAAAUUGCUAGACAAAGUGCUCUCUCAGCUUUGACAGUCAGUUCAAGAAUGAACCACCUUCUUACUAAUGAUGAAGCUGAGUGUGGAGCUGUUACCUCUGACGAGCUUGGUAAGUUAGAUAGGAUUUAAUUGAAUGUGUAGAUGCUGAAGACGAUGAUGGAUCAAGUGUAUUGGCAAGAAUUGACAGCGGAGCAUGAGUUGAUACUUGCAAUCAAGCAGAUUAAUGAAGGGGAGAGAGAAUUAAGAAACUUUUAUGAUUAAGGAGGGCGAUUAAAGGAACACAAUUAGAUGAUUAAUUUUCUCCUCGUUUCUAUAAUUCAACAAUGCCCCAUAUCUCGCUUCAAAGUUAUUGAUGCCUUGGUGAGCGCACAGUGGGCUGCACAAAUGAGUAUUCACUGUAGAAAAGCCUUAUCUUCUCUUGUGUCUUGGGAUAACUCAAACAAUCAUUUUGAAAGUGAUGAAGACUGGUACUAUGAAAACCUGCCGUAAUUCUAUCAAGGAAAGCUUAGCAUAAUUAUUGAAGAGAACAGUUUUCAAGUGACGAAUAUUAAAAAUAACAAAGGCGGGAAAUAAAUUCCACUUGAAGAUUAAACUGUACUUGAGAAUAUUUAAAAUAAUGAUGCCAUCAUGCUCCUUACAAAUUCCUAGACUUAUAAUAACGACUCAUAACCAAAUUAAUCUAAGAAAAGAAAAUUUGAUUAGGUGCAAGGAUGCUAAAAAGUUUCUAAGAAAAGAAAACUCAAUAAUGACUUAAAAAGUGCUUAAAAUGACUUUAUACCUUUAUUAGAGUUGCAUUAUAAAACUGCUCCCUUUCCCAAAAUGAAUUAAGAGGAGAGAUAACUAUUCAAAGCAAGACAAGAGGUGAUGAAGUUUAAAGAAGAAUAUAGCAAGUGGCAGAGUUUUUAUGAGAGAAAGGUUAAGAAAAGGUUCUUCUAUAAAACUGAUAAAGAAAUUAGCAAUGACAGCUCACUGAAAUUUAAAAUAAAGAGGAGGCCAAGAACUCCUACGAAAAUCAAGCCAUUUUUCUUUCAGCUUGAUAUGAGAAUGAGUUUUAGGCCACAGUCAUGCAUGCCAAUGAAUGAAGAACAUAGACCAAUAAUCAAAGUCAUAAGAAAAAAGCGACGAUCAAAUUCAAUCAGCUAAUAAAAAUCAAAAGAUCUGAUAUAAAAGUAAAUUCAUCAGGAGAACAUCUAGGCUCAAAAUCAUAAGUCAAGAAAGUCCUAGUCAGUAGGUCCUCAUGAUAGAACUUCCAAUUUCUUCGAAUUUGACUCUGCAGAGAAUGACUUUGAUUUUCAUACCUAGAAGAAGUCAUUAAGGGAUAAAUCAGAGCAAAGUACGCUCUUCAAAGCUAGGAAGAUGCCAGAUUUCGGAAACUUACCUUCAUUUAUACCGCUACUUAAUGACAGACCUCUGACUUUUCCUCAGGAAUUCAAUUUUAAAGUCGAGUAAAGACUUUCAAAGAAGAAAUAAGAUGCAAAUAUGUAAUAUUAGAUGGAAACAAACUAAUAUGAAAACGAUAGAAAUAAAGAGAAUAUUCAUCCUUGGAUUCCAAAACUAACCAUACCAAAAUCACCCUUGCUACAUACAAAAAGGAGAGCAUAGAUGAGGCCUAUGUGA